GUAGUGGGACUGGAUCAGGCUUUGAGUCCAGGCUGAGUGGGGGACAGAUCGCUACUCUUGUUCCCUGUGCCUGCAGGGCCAGGCACUCUGCCUUGGGGCCCUGGGCAGGGUGGACAGGGCAAGGUGCCACCUUAGUCUGGCUGGGGAGGCAGAUGAUGAGGAGCGAUGGGGCAGGCAUGUGGCCACUCCAUCCUCUGCAGGAGCCAGCAGUACCCGGCAGCGCGACCGGCUGAGCAGCGGGGCCAGCAGGUCUUCCUCAAGUCGGACGAGCCGCCGCCGCCGCAGCCAUGCGCCGACAGCCUGCAGGAUGCCCUGCUGAGCCUGGGCGCUGCCAUCGAUGCUUCAGGCCUGCAGCAAGCCAUCAAGGAGGCCCUCUCAGCUGUGCUCCCCAAAGUGGAGACUGUCUACACCUACCUGCUGGAUGGAGCAGCCCGGCUGGUGUGUGAGGACCCCCCGCAUGAGCUUCCCCAGGAGGGGAAAGUCUGGGAGGCUGUGCUGUCCAGGAAGCGGCUGGUCUGCAAUGGACUGGGCCCCUUGGACCUCCCUGGGAAGCCCUUGGCCAGGCUGGUGGCCCCCCUGGCUCCUGGCACCCAAGUGCUGGUCAUCCCGCUGGUGGACAAGGAGGCCACGGCUGUAGCUGUCAUUGUGGUACACUGUGGUCAGCUGAGCGACAGUGAGGAGUGGAGCCUUCGAGCUGUGGAGAAGCACACCCUGGUGGCUCUGCGGAGGGUGCAGGCCCUGCAGCAGCGCGAGCCCCGCGCGUCCCAGAACCCCCCAGCAGGGGCGCCGGGAGACCAGAAGGACAGCGCUGAGCACAGGGACCAGGACCGCAAGAUCCUGCAGCUGUGCGGGGAACUCUACGACUUGGAUGCCUCUUCCCUGCAGCUCAAAGUCCUCCAAUAUAUGCAGCAGGAGACCCAGGCGUCCCGCUGCUGCCUCCUGCUGGUGUCCGAGGACAACCUCCAACUUUCCUGCAAGGUCAUGGGGGAUAAAGUGCUGGCAGAAGAGAUCAGCUUCCCGCUGACAAUGGGCCGCCUGGGCCAGGUGGUGGAGGACAAGAAGCCCAUCCAGCUGAUGGACCUCACUUCUGAGGAUGUGCAGCAGCUGCAAAGCAUGCUGGGCUGUGAGCUGCAGGCCAUGCUCUGUGUCCCUGUCAUCAGCCGGGCCACCAACCAGGUGGUGGCCUUGGCCUGUGCCUUCAACAAGCUUGGAGGAGACUUGUUCACGGAGCAGGACGAGCGUGUGAUCCAGCACUGCUUCCACUACACCAGUACCGUGCUGUCCAGCACCCUGGCUUUCCAGAAGGAACAGAAGCUCAAGUGCGAGUGCCAGGCUCUUCUCCAAGUGGCAAAGAACCUCUUCACUCACCUGGAUGAUGUGUCGGUGCUGCUCCAGGAGAUCAUCACAGAGGCCAGAAACCUCAGCAAUGCCGAGAUCUGCUCGGUGUUCCUACUGGAUCAGAACGAGCUGGUGGCCAAGGUGUUCGAUGGGGGCGUGGUGGAUGACGAGAGCUACGAGAUCCGCAUCCCAGCCGACCAGGGCAUCGCUGGCCACGUGGCCACCACCGGUCAGAUCCUGAACAUCCCAGACGCUUACGCGCACCCUCUUUUCUACCGUGGCGUGGAUGACAGCACCGGCUUCCGCACGCGCAACAUCCUCUGCUUCCCCAUUAAGAACGAGAACCAGGAGGUCAUCGGUGUGGCCGAGCUGGUGAACAAGAUCAACGGACCAUGGUUCAGCAAGUUCGACGAGGAUCUGGCGACAGCCUUCUCCAUCUACUGUGGCAUCAGCAUCGCACACUCCCUCCUAUACAAGAAAGUGAAUGAGGCCCAGUACCGCAGCCACCUGGCCAAUGAGAUGAUGAUGUACCACAUGAAGGUCUCUGAUGAUGAAUACACCAAACUCCUCCAUGACGGCAUCCAGCCCGUAUCUGCCAUUGACUCUAACUUUGCCAGUUUCACCUACACGCCCCGCUCUCUGCCUGAGGACGACACCUCCAUGGCCAUCUUGAGCAUGCUGCAGGACAUGAACUUUAUCAAUAACUACAAGAUCGACUGCCCGACACUGGCCCGGUUCUGCCUGAUGGUGAAGAAGGGCUACAGAGACCCGCCGUAUCACAACUGGAUGCACGCCUUCUCUGUCUCUCACUUCUGCUACCUGCUCUACAAGAACCUGGAGCUCACCAACUACCUCGAGGACAUUGAGAUCUUUGCCCUGUUCGUGUCCUGCAUGUGUCAUGACCUAGACCACAGAGGCACCAACAACUCCUUCCAGGUGGCCUCGAAAUCAGUGCUGGCUGCACUCUACAGCUCCGAGGGCUCUGUUAUGGAGAGGCACCACUUCGCCCAGGCCAUCGCCAUCCUCAAUACCCACGGCUGCAACAUCUUUGACCACUUCUCCCGGAAGGACUAUCAGCGCAUGCUGGACCUGAUGCGAGACAUCAUCCUGGCCACCGACCUGGCGCACCACCUCCGCAUCUUCAAGGAUCUGCAGAAGAUGGCAGAAGUGGGCUACGACCGUACCAACAGGCAGCACCACAGCCUGCUCCUCUGCCUCCUCAUGACUUCCUGCGACCUCUCCGACCAGACCAAGGGCUGGAAAACCACUCGGAAGAUCGCUGAACUUAUCUACAAGGAGUUCUUCUCUCAGGGAGACCUGGAAAAGGCCAUGGGCAACCGGCCGAUGGAGAUGAUGGACCGCGAGAAGGCCUACAUCCCCGAGCUGCAGAUCAGCUUCAUGGAGCACAUCGCCAUGCCUAUCUACAAGCUGCUGCAGGACCUGUUCCCCAAGGCCAAGGAGCUGUACGAGCGCGUGGCCUCCAACCGUGAGCACUGGACCAAGGUGUCCCACAAGUUCACCAUCCGUGGGCUCCCCAGUAACAACUCCCUGGACUUCCUGGACGAGGAGUACGAGGUGCCUGACCUGGAUGGCACCAGGGGCCCCGUCAACGGCUGCUGUAGCCUUGAUGCUGAGUGAUCCCCUCCAGGGACCCUCCCCCAACCCAGGCCUCCCCCUCCCUCCUCUAGAAUCCUGGCCAUGCGUGGGAACCAGAGCCGAGCAUGGGUCCUGGGUUCUAGAUCAGGAUUCACCCUGCAGCCCUGUGCAGAACUGACCUUUCUGGGCCUUGGCUUCCUCAUCUGUAUCCUGGAAGCAAGACUGCCAGCCUUGCCCUGACUUUGUACUCUGAGGGUGACUGGGGCAUGGUGGGCCCCUCGGGCCUCGGACAAGUCCUCCCCAAACCUCUCUUUCCCAGGGCCUCCUAGGAGGGCAGCUUCUCCUGCCCAUUCCUACUCGCCAUAGCCCUGCCCACUGGCACUGACCUUAUAAGGUGGGCCACUUGCCCACCUGCGGGCAUAGAGAGGGUCUCAGAGACAGUCAUGAACUCUGCUGGGGGGAGGGUUGAAAAAGCCAUAGGGACCCCCCCAUCAUGGUCAUCAUAAAUGAUGAGGUGGGGCCUGCAGAAGUGGGACAGUAGGCAGCAGAGUCCUGGACUGGGGGUCAAGCCAGGCCAGGCCAAGUCAGCUGAGCAGACCACCCAGUCUCUAAGACCCCUCAUAUAUCAGAGUCCCCCCUCUGUGGAGUCUCAGGGGACCCCUGGUAUGUCCCCGUCUCCACAGGGCAGGGAGCCAACCCAAGGGACCCUGAACCCUAGCAGCACCCUGUUCCUGCAGCCAGAGAAACCACUGGCCUCCACCCUGGGUGCUGCUCCCUCUUCAAGGCCAUAGUCACCCGGGCCCAGGCCUGGAGACCCCACAGCGCCGGGCCUCUGGGGUCAAGCCGCCCGGGCCUCCCCAUCUCUGUCGUUCUGUACGUGUUGUGGGGUGGAGUGGGGUGGGGGAGGGGGGCCACCUGCCUUACCUAUUCUGAGUUGCCUUUAGAAAGAUGCGUUUUUCUGGACUCCGUGCAACUGUUGUCGCUGGUCCCGUGGGCUGACCGCUUUGUACAUGAGAAUAAAUCUAUUUCUUUCUACCAGUCCUCCA